GAUCAGUGUCUCACAACAGUGUGCAGUCUGUCUCACUUGAUGGAGCAUCACUAACUUAUCUGAAGCUGAACUUUAAACUCCAAGGCACUAAAUAAACGAAUGUAAGUACAAGAUAUGAUUUAAAAACGUUAAUAGCUGUUACGCUGAUGUGUUAAUUAAACGUUUAUUUGAUUACCUAAUCGAAAGUUAACUGUAACAGAAGUUAGCAUUAGCAUUUAGCUAGCGUACAAUUAGACGUCACUCUAUCCGAAUAUUAUUAUAAAGUUAUUUCCUGUUUUAAGUAGUUCAUGGCAAACACACUGGAUCUUGUCUUUGCUGAAACUAACGUGUAUUUGUCUUGUUGUUCGGUACUAAUGUCUCUCAUUAAGGAUACGUUUAAUUGAUUAAAGGUCGAGUGUGAUUUCUCGAUGGAUAACCUGGGGAGCCUGAACGGAGGGCCAAACGCCGCCCUGCUCGUCUUGACCUUCCUGCAGGCGGAUUGUAGGAACUCAGAGUACCUGAAGGAGCUUCACUCUCUGGGGCAGGAGUUUCACCUCCGUCUGGAGGAGGGAGAGCUGGAAACUGACGGUCACCUGCCCGUCUUCAUCAGAGCCUCCCUGGAUGAUAUUCAGCCUUCAGUGGAGCUGCAGUACAGGCCGAGAAACGGUGACGAUGCAGGAUAUGUACGUUUUGCACAGGAGCUGAGAGUAAUCGCAGCGCAGCUGGAGCACAACAUCGUGGCUCAGGCGACCCAGAACCUCAACGGGAAAAUAUCAAACUCCCCUUUCAAUCAGUGGAAAGACCACCUGAGCCGGGAGGUGGAGCGGGUGAUGAGGCAGGGCGUGGGUCUGGAGCAUUUGGCCCGGGAGAGGGUGAUCAUGGCCCUGACUCUGACCCUGGUGAAGGGAGUGUGUGAGCAGGCGCCGCGGCUGCUGAGGAACCUCUUCAACAUCGCGCUGCAGUACGUGAGCGGCGGGGGGAACAGGUGACCGCCGAGCCGCUGCCUGAGAGGAAAUAAGUGAAGGACAUGCGGAGGAAGUCGACUCAUUCUGAGAGAGGAUGUGUCUGUGCCCACUGACUGACAGAAGCAGAGCAGGUUUCAGAGUAAAAUAAACUAAGGAAAGGGAGAAUAUCACUCUGAACUUUCAGUAUUUUGAUUUAAAAAACUUGAAUAUUUUUCUUACUAAAUGUACUCUUUUCAUUUGCCUCCGUUUACUUCAACAGAUCGCAUCUCUUCAGUUUGACACUGAAGUACAUGAUUUGAUGUUGUUGAAUGAUUCCACUUUUGUAAUGAACAACUAGUACGUUACUUGAAUAAAUCUAUUUUUCUUG